CUCCUCCCUUCUCUAUCCACCACACUUCCAUCUCCUCCUAUCUCUUUAGCUAAUGGAGACUAACCAUGUUUUCAAACCCAUUAACAAGUGUAGCUCAAUAGGGAGAUCAGAGCAAACAGUGGUGGCUGAUCUUGAUGGCACACUUCUUGUGUCUAGGAGUGCAUUCCCUUAUUACAUGCUUGUGGCCAUUGAAGCUGGCAGUCUUCUUAGAGGAUUAGUUCUUCUAACUUCUGUCCCUCUUGUGUACAUUAUCUACUUAUUCUUCUCAGAGGCAUUGGCUAUACAAAUGCUUGUGUACAUAGCCUUUGCCGGGUUGAAGAUCAAAGACAUUGAGAUGGUGGCGCGCUCUGUCUUGCCAAAGUUUUAUGCUGAGGAUGUCCACCCUGAGGGGUGGAGAGUGUUCAGUUCUUUCGGCAAGAGAUUUAUCGUGACCGCAAACCCGAGAAUUAUGGUUGAGCCUUUUGUUAAGGACUUUCUUGGCGCAGAGAAGGUCCUGGGGACAGAGCUGGAGAUUGGAAAAUCUGGAAGAGCUACUGGGUUUGUAAUAAAACCUGGUGUUCUUGUUGGUGAGCAUAAGAAAGAGGCAGUUGAACAGGAAUUCCGUGAUAACUUGCCUGAUCUUGGCAUUGGAGACAGAGAGACUGACUAUGGAUUCAUGUCCAUUUGCAAGGAAGCAUAUAUUGUGCCAAGCAUGAAAAUUAAGCCAUUGCCAAGAGAGAAGCUACCGCAACCGAUCAUAUUCCAUGACGGACGGUGGGCGCAGAGGCCAACACCGUUGAUGGCUCUGCUCACAUUCAUCUGGAUGCCGAUUGGCUUCAUUGUGUCACUGAUCCGUGUCUACUGCAACAUCCCUCUCCCGGAGCGCAUUGUAUUCUACACUUACAAGAUUAUGGGCAUCAAACUAGUUGUCAAGGGAACACCACCACCUCCUCCAAAGAAAGGCCAUCCAGGCUACCUCUUUGUCUGCAACCAUCGCACCGUGCUUGACCCGGUUGUUACUGCAGUUGCGCUGGGCCGUAAAGUCAGUUGUGUCACAUACAGCAUUAGCAAAUUCUCCGAGCUAAUUUCUCCAAUCAAGGCAGUGGCUUUAUCAAGAGAACGCGAAAAAGAUGCGGCCAACAUCAAACGUUUGCUCGAGGAAGGUGACUUAGUGAUUUGCCCGGAAGGUACAACAUGCAGAGAACCAUUCUUGCUGAGAUUCAGUGCAUUGUUUGGUGAACUAACAGAUAGGAUUGUCCCGGUAGCCAUUAAUACAAAACAGAGCAUGUUUCAUGGCACAACUGUGAGGGGCUGGAAAGUGUUUGACCCUUAUGUUGUAUUCAUGAAUCCCAGGCCUGUUUAUGAGAUCACAUUCUUGAACCAGUUACCCCGUGAGCUCACCUGCGCUGGAGGCAAAACACCAAUUGAAGUCGCUAAUUAUAUACAGCGAGUCAUCGGUGCCACGCUUGGGUUUAAGAGCACCGACUUCACUCGCAAACAUAAGUACAGCAUCCUCGCUGGAACCGAUGGCCGUGUGCCGGAGAAGAAGGAGUAGUCUUGAACAAGUCCUCAGACAUGGUUGUUGCAGUUUGGUUGGAAGAUCCAGAUCUUUUAAUUAUUAAUUAAAUCAUUUAUUCUGGGUUAUAGUUAUAAUCACCAAGAAAAAAAAAAAAGCUCUGUAUUUUAGCAUUUGUGUUUGUCUUGCCAAUUUGGAUAUAUAUAAACUAUGAGGAGGUACUGAUUAUAUCAUUUGUUUA